GUAGACGAAACGAUGUGCCUUUUUUGCAGCUAAUGUAGUACACUUUAUUGCUUCAACUAUUUGCUAAGAAGAGGUUUUUUUUUUUCUUUUUUUGAAAUAUCCAUUAAUUUCUUUCUCGAAGAACCCUAGAUCGUCGAACGCAGAUGUUUGUUCAUCCAUGGAUGGGCAUCAUUGCCAAUAUUCCAACUACAGUGCAAGGUGGAAAGCAUGUAGGGGAUAGUGGAAGGAAACUGAGGGAGGAGUUCACAGAAAAAGGAUUUAAUCCAGUGAGGGUUCAUCCUUUAUGGAACCGACAUGGUCAUUCGGGAUUUGCCAUAGUGGAGUUCAGCAAAGAGUGGGAUGGCUUUAAUAAUGCCAUCAUGUUCGAGAGGAGCUUUGAAGCGGAUCAUUGUGGAAAGAAGGAUUUCUAUCGUUCUAGGAGGCGAAGAGACAAAUUGUAUGGAUGGGUUGCUCGUGAAGAUGAUUACCAUUCAAGAGGACUGAUUGGUGACUAUCUUCACAGGAAUGGAGACCUGAAGACUGUUUCGGAAAAAGAAGCUGAAGAUCAAAGGAAGGACUCAAAGUUGUUGACAACCUUAGCCAACACCCUGGAGACCAAGAAUAUGCACCUUAAGGAAAUGGAGAACAAAUGUAAUGAGGUGAGUCAAUCCAUUAGUACACUGAUGGAGCAGAAGGAUGAGAUGAUCAAAGCUUAUAAUGAAGAGACUAAAAACAUGCAGCAGAAUGCUCAUGACUAUUUGAAGAAGAUUUCUUUAGAGCAUGAGAGGACUACACGGCAUCUUUAUGAUCAGAAAAGAAAAUUAGAGCAGCGAGAGAAGGAAUUGUUUCAUCGCAAGGCUCAAAAUGGGGCCGAGACAAGAAAACUUAAGCAUGAAAAGAUGAUGAAUGAGAGGGCAACCUUGGAGCAAAAGAAGGCAGACGAAAAUAUGUUAAGACUGGCUGAAGAGCAGAAGAGAGAAACAGAGAAACUUCAUAGAGAAAUCAUUGAGCUAGAAAAGCAACUUGAUGCUAAACAAGCACUGGAGCUGGAGAUACAGCGCAUGAAAGGGGCUUUGCAAGUAAUGCAGCACAUGGAAGGGGAUGGAGAGCCAGAAAUGAAGACAAAGAUGGAGGCAAUUGAAGAAGAACUAAAAGAGAAGGAAGAAGAACUGGAUGACUUGGAGGAACUUAAUCAAGCUCUUAUUGUCAAGGAACGCAAAACCAAUGAUGAAUUAGAGGGUGCCCGAAAGGAGAUAAUCAAUAGUUUGAAAGAUGUUUCCACCCCUGCUAUUCAUUGGUGCCGAGAGAAUAAGAAAACAGCAAAGCAAUGUUUACUGUGGCAGGAGUAUCUUCGGGAUCCUAGCUGGCAUCCUUUUAAGAUAGUCACAGACAAGGAAGGAAACACUAAGGAAAUUCUUGACAAGGAAGAUGAAAAAUUGACUACCCUCAAGACUGAGUUUGGUGAUGAAGUAUACACUUCCGUGACCACGGCUUUUGCACAGAUGAAUGAGUACAAAACGAGUGGUAGUUACACAGCCCCGGCACUGUGGAAUUUCAAUGAAGGGAGGAUGGCAACAUUGGCGGAGUUAGUGGAGCAUUUACUGAAGCAGUGGAAACAGCAGAAGCGAAAGAGAUGCAGAAGGUAGACUGAAUGUGUCUAUGCUUUAUUUCUUCUACAAUUUCUGGGUAAUCAAAUUUAGGCUGAUCUAACUGCAUUUAAAAAGCCAAAUGGGCUCUGAGAUAUUUUGUGGACAGCUUCGUAUUCAUUAACAAGGAUUUACAUAGGUUAUGUUGAGACCAUGCAAAAGCUUUCUGGGUAAACGAGAGUCUAUAUUUCUUUCGUGGCCCAACGUUUGCGAAAUUAACAGGCUGUAGAAUCAUGGUGUCCAAUUUUUUCCAUAUGGGCUAAAAAAUGAGUGUGGCCCAAUAAAUCAGUUGGGGUUGCUCUGU